AAAUUCAUACCAAGAAUAAAAAAUCAUUUAUCAGCAAGCUGUUCAACAAUAGAUAUUAUUGGUGAAGUAACUCUAUGUAUAAAUAUUAAUGGAAUAAUUACUCUAGUAGUUGCUGAUGUAGCAACAAAUCUAGUAACCAAUUUAAUACUUGGAAGUGACUGGAUUCAAUCAAAUAAUGUUUACAUUCUGACUCCAGAAAAACGAAUUAUGAUUCGACGGCAAGGUAGAGAAGUAUCAACUCCUUUUAUUGAUCCACCACUUUUAAAUUACCCUGUUACUCUUAUCAAUCAUAUUACUAUUCUUCCUUUUUCAGAACAAGUGGUAGAAGCAAAACUUCGACAAGAAGAAAUGAUGAACGUAUUAUUUGAACCCAAUCCUCGAUUAAAAAAGAAGGCAUUAUUUACAGCAUGUACACUACUCAACAUACAAGAUGGAAAAGUACGCAUGAGCAUCAUCAAUGCAACCAACCGACAGCAGACACUGUCAGAAGGAACCAACAUGGGUAUGGUGACACAAUUAGCAACAUCAGUCAAUUUUAUUAUUCCACAAGAUCAUUCAGUUCAACGCAUUCCGAAAGGAAAAGCGUGUAUGAAGCUCAUCCCGCAAGGGAAAAGAGCGAAUACAAACGAUGGAAUAAAUUUCAUCAGUGCUAUUAACAGAUCAUCAUGCCAGAAAAAUCAACAUCAAUGUCGAGAAUGUCAACAAUAUUUUCAGACUGGCAAUGAGUUAUUCAAACAUCUCAGAGAUACAUGUUAUCCUGAUGAAAUACGGAAACAAAUAGAAAACUUAGUUGCACAUAUCAAGGAUGACACGCAACAAGAACAAUUGAAACACAUUCUUUGGAAAUAUGGAAAGCUAUUUGAUACCAGUCAACCAUCAAAAAUCGAUAUAGUAUUGAAGAAUGCUAUUGAUACUGGUACACAUCGACCUGUUCACACUCCACCUUAUCGAAAAUCAACCAAAGACCAAGAAGUUUUAACGAAUGAAACACAAAAAUUAUUAAAAAAUGAUCUCAUUGAACACUCCACAUCUCCUUGGUCUUCACCGGUUGUACUGGUGAAAAAGAAAGAUGGAACAACAAGAUUUUGUGUUGAUUACCGUCGAUUAAAUCAAAUAACAACAAAGGAUGCUUUUCCAUUGCCAAGAAUUGAUGAUAUCUAUGAUCAAUUAACCAAAACCAAGUACUUCACGAAACUUGAUUUCAAAGCAGGGUACUUUCAAGUACCAUUAGACGAGGUAGAUCGACCAAAAACUGCAUUCUCCACUAGAGAUGGUCAUUAUCAAUUUAAGGUGUUACCACAAGGAUUAACCAAUGGACCACCAACCUUUCAACGAAUUGUUAAUCAAAUAUUAGGUCCAAAUCGAUGGAAACAUAUGCUGGCAUACAUUGAUGAUAUUAUUGUAUAUUCGAGAAAUUUUAAUGAACAUUUAAAACAUAUUGAAGAAGUAUGUUCUUUAUUACAAUCCGCAAAUUUUAAAUUAAAUAUAGCAAAAUGUGAAAUCGCAAAAAAUGAAAUAUUAUUCCUUGGUCAUCUCAUUCAAGAUGGAACUAUUAAACCAGAUCCAGAAAAUACUCGUGGUCUAGCUGAAACUAGAGAACCAACAUCAGCUGAAGAAGCAUUUAGAUUCGUCAAAGCAGCUGAAUAUUAUCGAAAAUUUAUUCCAAAGUUUUCAUUCAUUGCUGCACCACUACACAAA